UACCUGCAGGAAUCUUUACCAAAAUCCUUAAGGGAACACAACUUUUCAAUUUAUAGCAUGGAGAAAAUUUUCUACUAUAUCCAUGUUGCUUGCCUUCUUUCAUCUCUUCUGUGGAACGUCAAGGGUGCGUAUUAUUUAAAACCGACAGGUCGAUUUGAGAUUACAGAGAUACCCUUACCAUCGUCAGUUAUUGAACAAAUAAACGGAACCAACGUGUCAGUCACACCCAACCCAGGCCAAAUAAAUGCCACUGGUGUUCGUAUCGUUACAGUGACAAGAAUUUCAAAUACAUCUCAAGUACCAAAACCAGCUGGAUCACAGCAACCAUGCCCAACUACACCCGUGUGUUCUUGUCCAUGUCAAAAACCUCCAAUGAGUGGUAAACCACCGAGUCUUCAACCCCUUCCCCCCAAAAAUGAUAGCAUUAACACUUGGUGCACCUCAGUGUGUAUUUGCCUUUGUAUCGGUGGUUCUCCUGUGCCCAUCCAGCCUCCCACUGAAUCUACAAGUAAAGCGAACGUGGCUACUCUUAACCUGGUGGUCACCAGUCCCUUGUCAAACCGGAUAACUACAGCAGUACCUUCCAGCACUCCAACGAUCAUAAAUAAGUCCAGAUCAACCUCCAUUACCUGCCCUGAAACUGCAGUUUGUUCCACUUCCGAAACUAACCUAAGCUCGUCCAGAACAAGUCAAAGUAGACUCAGUGUGACACUCAGUCCAACCCUCACACAACCGAUGCUUCCUGUUCAGAAAGGCUCCCAAGAAAACUAAAAGUCACCAAUGUGCUCCUUAACAGGUGUGGUAUGGUUCUACUGAUUAACAGUAAGGCAGCAGCUUGGUCUUAAAGCGACCCAUUGUGAGAGACGUCAUUGGGUUGUUGCAUAAUGGGUAACAUUCGACUUUUUUCUUUCAAUUGCUAGCAGACAUCUAGAACCCUCCAAACAGCCCCUCAGGUGUAUUAGCGGUCUUGACUUAAGCCCCGCAUGGAAAUUCUCGGCUAAGGUCAAGGCAAAGCUCCGACCAAAUUUUAUUUAAAUCUUGCAUUUCGCGGACUUUGCGCUUAUGUUCACUUAUUUAUUCAUCUAUCAAUGUUUUUCCGUCUGAAACAUGUCGACAGUAGCAAGCGUAUCGCAUGCUGUGGUGCAUAGAUCCCAACUUGAGGGCAAAUAGAAACCACCAUGAUUCAAGGAAUAAAACAAACGAUCAAUGACUGGCUGAACACAGGUUUUAAGAUUCAUUUGGUACUUGUAACAUACACUAAUAAUUAACACUUUACUUCCAAAUGUAUAAAUCUCUAAGGUCUUUUGUAGUUGAUGAAACCAAGGUUAUGGAGGCAGAUGAUAGAGACAAGAUGCUUUUUUCAAGCUGUAAAAUAAUUUAGUUUUCCUAUCGAUUACCAAUUCAAGGAUAAAUACUUAAAAUGAGACACUAAUUGUAAAAAAGGUGCAUCACACUAGCAGAAACAUACUGUUAAUUAAUUUUCACUGGUAUCCAAAGGCACUCAGUAUAAGUUUUUAUCAUUGUAUGAUAUGCUAAGGUGUUUAAUUAAACGUGUAUUUGGGAAGGAAGUACAUGUACGCUAAAAAAAGUGAAUAAAAAAUAACAGAACUGAGAAUCCUAACUUGUAUUAAACAACGUAGCAUACUUGUAUAUUUAAGUAUCUAUGGUAAGUCAAAACAGUGGACAUACAGGUAAUCGUUCAAGGAAGGUAUCAUGUGAGGGCAUGUUCAUUAAAUUUCAUUGCUCCAACCGAGAGGAAUAUAUCUGCACUUUGGAUGAGUUUUCAAGACUUUAAUCUAUACCGCCUGGCAGCAGAUAAUAGAGUUUACAUUACAUAAAGCUUCAAAAAGGUUGUUUGACUGAAUUAUGAAUAAAACAGUGCUGAAUGUAAAAAAUUCUGUCCACAGAGAAAAAUUUCUUUCAACACUACCUUUAAGUACGGGCCAUACUUUGAAAUUUAAACAUAUCAUAGAUGUUGACAUCUAAAUCCUCACGAAUAUCAGUGUGGCUCAUAUCUCGAAAACCAGUUUAUUCUGUUUCGUUUCCCAGAACUUUAAUCGAUAAAAUUUCAGUACUCUCGAAAGUGAACACCGGAAACAAAAAGUACUUUUUUGGACCAGGAGACGAAAAGCGGGUCCCAGCAGACAAUCUUACUUGCAUUCCUUAACAUGAUCAGAAACACUAUUAACGUAGAACAUUACCGGCAUAAAUGUAACGAAACACCUUAGUCUGCAUAAGGAUAUGUUUGCGCAUAAUAUUUGUGCAUUAUUUUUGAGCAUAAUGUGAUACUUUAUUUCAUUUACGUUUUGUCGAAUUAUUCAAAUUUGUGUGAAGAAAAUUAUUUUGAUAAGAUAAAGCCAUUUAAAUAAUUAUUAUUAUAUCUAUUUUAUCGAUAUCACUUAGCUAUUUGUUAUGUAUUUGUAGAUCUCUCUCGACUUGCUGAGUGAAUAUCAAUAAA